AUGCGGUUGCUGACCUGGAAUAUUAAUGGCGUCCGAACUCUACCUCAGUAUCACCCAUGGAAUACGCUCAAGACGUUCGAUGAUAUCUUGAACCACUUGGAAUCCGAUAUUAUCUGCUUUCAAGAAAUGAAGAGCGGGCGAAAGCUACUGACUCAAGAGGUAGCCGUGCCACCUUCUUUCGACUCGUUUUUCUCCUUUCCAAUCAAGAAAACAGGGUACUCCGGGGUCGCGACAUACACACGCUCAAAGGUGGCCGUACCACUGAAGGCUGAGGAGGGUCUGUCAGGGAUUCUCCAACCGAAACCACCGCUGGCGCCCGAGGAACGAAUAUCGAAUUACGCGACCUAUCCUCCUAACCUCUUGGACGAUGACAUGCACGACGCAGACGAUGAUAGACUGGACUACAAGAACCUCGACAGUGAAGGACGGGCUAUUGUCGUCGACAUGGGUCUAUUCGUUCUCAUCAACACGUAUUGUCCCAACGACGGCACUGGUACAGAAGAACGCGAGGCAUUCAAGAUGGAUUACCACCGGCUCCUCGAAACACGCGUUAGGGGCUUGAUAGAGAAGGAGAAGCGCGAGGUCAUCGUAGUUGGCGACCUAAACGCGUGUGCGGCUGUGAUAGACCACUGUGAAGGAGAGUUGAUGAUCAAGAAGGGGCAGGCAAUGGGUCUCGAGGGCGAAGAGGGAUUCUGGGGGAAAGAAUAUAGGCGGUGGAUUAGGGAUUGGCUUGUCAAAGAGGACGGUACCGGCGGAACGCUUGUCGACAUCACGCGGAAGCUUUGGCCUGAUAGAGAGGGGAUGUAUACUUGCUGGAACACGAAAAUCUCAGCCCGGGAAACGAACUACGGAACGCGGAUAGAUUUUAUUCUGGUGACUCCUGGUCUCGUUCCGUGGAUCAAAGCGUCAGAUACCCUUCCCAACAUCAAGGGGAGCGACCACUGUCCAGUCUAUGCCGACUUCCACGACUCGAUUGUCGAUCCAUCCACAGGAAAAACCAUCCACCUUGCUGAUGUAUUGGGGGCAUCCAAGAGGGAUGGGAAGAUUCCGGACCCCCCUCGGAUAGCAGCCAAGAACUGGGAAGAGUUCUCAGGGAAACAGACGUCACUUCAGCAAUUCUUCAAAGGCUCUGCCAAGAAGCCCGCCUCAAACUCGACAUCCGACACGCCCUCUGGUACCCCUAGUCUUCGCCCAAAGGACUCUCUCACUCGCAAACCAUCAUCUCCAGACCCACCGCUCCAGCUGCCUGAGCAAAAUGUUUCUGAUGUGGCCCGGCCUUCCGUGGAGGCAUCCUCGUCCGCUUCUCCGAUUACCGUUGACCCCAAGGCGGACAUUACCGCUUCCGCGUCUUCCAACACAACGAAACGCAAGCUAGUUGGGGACUAUACCUCUCAACCCAAGAAACUCAAGAAAGCUGCGAGCGCCAGUGGAUCUUCUUCAACCAAGAAGUUAACCAAGAACGGCCAGAGUAGCAUCGCCAGUUUCUUCUCUCAGCCUUCGACUGCGACCAAGGCCUCAGGUUCAAGGAAGGGCAAGGAAAAGGGUCGAGAUGUCGAGAUGGUUCCGGAUGAGGACGAAGACUACAAACUCGCUUUGCUGCUUUCACAGGAACAAGGUCAAGAACCAUUUCUUCCUUCGUCCCAGUCAUCGCAACCUGAAACACAAGAACGAAGCAAACAACAAUGGACCAGUCUCCUGGCGCCCAUUCAGCCACCAAAGUGCAAAGCCCACGGGGAGCCAGCGAAGGAGUACACCGUGAACAAACCUGGCCCGAACAAAGGGAAAAGGUUCUUCAUCUGCUCGAGGCAAGUCAGCUGUCGAGAUUCCUAG